GUGUAAGGCACCACGAGACACAGGGUAAUGAGCACGCACCACGGCAGAUAGCGUCGUCUGCGGAGGAGUCUGGGAGGCCCUUCAUUCUGCGGUGCUUUUCUUAGACUCCAUCCUAGAACGCACGCCGUGCUUGGAAGCUAUUCAUCGUACCAGGAGAAACUGGUAUUUUUUAUCCUGUUUCUUCUUGUGUGAAGAGGGAUUCCCUCUCUGAUACACUGAAUGUAAAUGGAGGAAAAAACUGUGAUAUAGCCAGGAGGGAUGCUGUAGGGAAGGGCAAGUGUGUGUGCACCCGUGUAAAGAUGCGGAAGAUAGUUCGAGAUGGAAAACUCAAGAGCUAAUGCUAAGAACUGUAUUUUAAAAGGUGAAGGCGAGUACCAGAAAGAAGAGCUGUGGGCGUUGACAGUGGCCGGCCGCUCCUUCAGAGUGGACCUGGGCGUGGGGAGGGAGGCUGUUCGGGGUGCUCUCUGCCUUCAGAGUGGAUUAAUGUAAGAAGUCUAAGAUGGAACAUCACAUCACCUAGAAUAAAGUUCUUGAGUUCAAAUCUGGUUCCUAAGAAACAUCAAAGGAAGCCUGCACCAGAGGCCUCCCAGGGUCUCUUUGGAAGCUGGACUCCAUCCACUGUGUGAGACGGAAUGGCACCCCCCACCAGUGUGUUCUCCUCUUUACUGCUGCUGGCCACUGUUGCAGGUUGUGCCUGUGGCCCGUGCAGCGAGGGGAGGACAUUCGCCAAUGCCGUCAUUUCACCAAACCUGGAAACUACCCAAAUCGCAUGGGUGCCUCAGACCAGCCCUGUGGCAGACUGCACGGCCGCGUGCUGUGACCUGGCCCUCUGUGACCUGGCCUGGUGGUUUGAGGGCCGCUGCUACCUGGUGAGCUGCCCGCGCUCCGAGAGCUGCGAGCCCAGGGAGAUGGGCUCCGUCAGGUCCUACCUCACCUUCGUGCGCAGGCCGGCCCGCAGGCCCUCGCAGCUGCUCCGCUACAGGGAGAUGGUGCUCCGCAGGAGGUCCCCCUCGGGACUCUGGGGGGACUCUCCUGAGGGUCUCAGAAAGGACUUGUCUCCUCUGGGCCCCGCUCUCCGCCUGAGAAGGGCGUCGGAGUACUCCGAUGACUACAGGGACCCUGAGCAAGACCCCUUCCAGCCCCUCAGCAAGCAGGAGCCCAGAGGCAGUGCCGAGUACACCGACUGGGGCCUGUUCCCGGGUGGCCCCUCUGCUGGAGACGGCCUGCCCUGGGCCGCCGAGGAGCAGAAGGACCCUGAGUGGGGCCCAGAGGAGACGUUGGAGUACUCCGAUGACUACAGGGACCCUGAGCAGGACCCCUUCCAGCCCCUCAGCAAGCAGGAGCCCAGAGGCAGUGCCGAGUACCCGGACUGGGGCCUGUUCCCUGGUGGCCCCUCUGCUGGAGAUGGCCUGCCCGGGGCCACCCAGGAGCAGAAGGAUCCUGUGCUCCGUCCGCUGAAUGGGUCAGCACGGACCCCGGCCCCAAAACGAUCCUCGGAGAGCAGGACGUCGCUGCCCUGGGUGACAGCUCCACCUUCCAGAGAGGCCUUGGGAAAGGAGACUGUUGGGCUCCAGGACGCACCCAGCAGUGGCUCUGGGGAAGAGGGACGCAGUCUCAGUGGGUCCUUCUGCAACUUCCCAGCCUGCACCAGUGAGGUUCUAAUGCCUUCCCGUCAUCCUUCUCCAGCCAGACUGGAGUUCAGCCCAGCCUCUACUGAGGAGAGCCCACUUCUCACAGUCCCCACAAGGAGCCCAGAUCAUGGCGCCCCAACCCGUCCCGCUAGCCUCAUCCCUGCUGAGCCCACCCCGUCAGAGCAACCUGCAUCUCCGACCACUGCUUCCCGGACAGUGAAAGAACUCUUGGUGUGGGCCGGCGAGAAUCGAAUUGUGACUUUGCCGGAGCGCGAGGUAGAACUGAAGGCUUCUGUCGUGCCCGCACCGCCUGCAGAAACCACCUACAGCUAUGAAUGGAGUUUAGUAAGCCACCCUGGAGACUACCGAGAGGAAAUAAAAGAAAGACACAUGCAAACUCUUAAUCUCUCUCACUUGUCGGCAGGACUUUAUGCCUUCAAAGUAGCAGUUUCUAGUGACAGUGCCUUUGGAGAAGGAUUUGUCAAUGUCACCGUUAAGCCAGCCAGAAGAGUCAACCUGCCCCCCACAGCGGUGGUGUCUCCCCAGAUGCAAGCGCUCACCCUGCCUCUGAUGUCAGCCUUCAUCGACGGCAGCCAAAGUACAGAUGACACUAAAAUCGUGAGUUAUCGCUGGGAAGAAAUUAGUGGCCCCUCCCGAGAGGAGAAGACCCCAGCUGACUCCCCUGUCCUCCAUCUGUCUAAUCUCAUCCCUGGAAACUACACUUUCAGACUGACUGUUACAGACUCGGAUGGAGCCACUAACUCCACAACUGCAGCCCUCAUAGUCAACAGUGCUGUGGACCAUCCUCCAGUUGCUAAUGCAGGACCAGAUCAGACCAUAACUUUGCCCCAAAACUCCAUCACUUUGAAUGGAAACCAGAGCAGUGAUGAUCACCAGAUUGUCGUCUAUGAGUGGUCCCUGGGUCCAGGGAGUGAGAGCAAAGAGGUGGCCAUGCAGGGCGUCAAGACACCAUACCUUCAUUUGUCUGCCCUGCAGGAAGGAGACUAUACAUUCCAGCUGACGGUGACGGAUUCUUCAAAGCAGCAGUCCACGGCUAUGGUCACUGUGACUGUCCAGCCCGAAAGCAACAGACCUCCAGUGGCUGUGCCUGGCCCCGACAAGGAGCUGAUCUUCUCGGUGGAGAGCACCACGCUAGACGGCAGCAGGAGCACGGAUGACCAGGGCAUCGCCCUCUCCCACUGGGAGCACGUCAGAGGCCCCGGCGCCAGGCAGGUGGACGGUCCUGAUGAGGCCAUAGACGCCGUGCGGGCUCUCCAGGCGGGUGCCCGCCGCUCCCGUGUGACCGUGACGAACCUGCAGGGGCUGAGUGGCACAAGCGCCCUCACCACGGCCGUGAGGAAGGCAAACAACAGCCCUCCCAGAGCCCACGCUGGUGGCCACCGUGUGCUUGUGCUGCCCAGUAACGGCAUUACCUUGGAUGGUUCGAGGUCUACGGAUGACCAGGGAGUUGUGUCCUACCUGUGGGUCCGGGACGGCCAGAGCCCAGCCGCUGGGGAUGUCAUCAGCGGCUCCGACCGCAGCGCAGCCCUGCAGCUUACCAAUCUGGUGGAGGGUGUCUACACGUUCCGCUUGCAAGUCGUUGACGGUCAGGGGGCCUCGGACACGGACACAGCCACCGUGGAAGUGCGGCCAGACCCCAGGAAGAGUGCACUGGUGGAGCUGAUCCUGCAGGUGGGCGUGGGGCAGCUGACCGAGCAGCAGAAGGACACCCUCGUGAGGCGGCUGGCGGCCCUGCUGAAUGUGCUAGACUCAGAUGUUAAGGUUCAGAAGAUCCAGGCCCACUCAGACUUCAGCACCAUCAUUGUGUUUUACAUCCAGAGUGGGCCGCCUUUCAAGGUUCUCAAAGCUGCUGACGUGGUCCGAAAUUUGCACAGACGGCUCUCAAAAGAGAAGGCUGAUUUCUUGCUUUUUAAAGUCUUGAGGAUCGACACAGCAGGCUGCCUUCUGCGGUGCUCAGGCCACGGCCACUGUGACCCCAUCACGAAGCGCUGCGUGUGCUCCCAGCUGUGGAUGGAGAACCUGAUUCAGCGUUACCUCCAGGAUGGGGAGAGCAACUGCGAGUGGAGUGUGUUCUACGUGGCAGCGUUGGCUCUCACUGUCCUCGGGCUGACCGGGGGCGUACCCUGGCUUUGCCUCUACUGCAGGAGACGAAAAAGGACUAAAAUAAGAAAGAAAACCAAGUAUACCAUCCUGGACAGCGUGGACGAGCAGGAGAGAAUGGAGCUGAGGCCCAAGCGCGGUAUUAAACACCGAAGCACGGAGCACAACUCCAGCCUGAUGGUGUCCGAGUCGGAGUUUGACAGUGAUCAGGACACCAUCUUCAGCAGAGAGAGGAUGGAAAGAGGGAAUCCAAAGGUUUCCGUGAAUGGGUCCCUCAGAAAUGGCUCUCCCUUCAGCUAUUGCUCAAAGGACAGAUAAGGAAGCAGCUGUAAACUCAAAGGUUACCCCCAGCAAUCCCUGAAUCCAGGACCAGUGAAUGGGAGUUAACACACAGAGCUAACUCCUGUGAGAAUCGUGCAUUAUGGUCCUUUCACAGCGGGCUGGAUGUGUGUCCCUGCGUUUAAAAGAUCUGUUUUCUUGGAGCGUUUGAGUUAUGAAACAAAACAUUAACGUUGCUCUUUUAGCAGAGAUGCUUGCUGAUAGGGAUACAGUUUGGGUGAGAUACGAGGUAUGUACUUAAAAGAGUUUGUGCUUUGUAGCUGGCACAGUGUUUAUAGUACCUUUGUGAAAGUAAGGAUGGACACCUGCGUCUAUCUGCAGACCUCUAGAUAAGUUAAACACAUUUAGAGAGUCUCAUUUCUCUUGGGAGCUGUGAUUGCCUUCAAGGACGAUUUUCCAGACAUGGUUUCUCUGGUCGGGCCCCCACAGUCCCAAGGCUGCUGUGUCUGUUACAAUAGCUUAUUGGAGGUGUGGGUUGUCUUCUGUGUAGCAAGUUUUCUGUGCUGACCAAGAAACCCGAACAGAGCAGAAACCCCCGGGACCUUUAUUCCUGGCUAUGGCCAACCACUGUUUCUGUGUCCUCUGUGGACAGCAGCUCCUGGGAAUCCGAGAGCUGAGUGAGAAUCACAGGACAAGGACCAGAGGCACAGAAAGGGACGUGGGGGCUUAGUGACCUGUAGGUUUAAAGUUGAAGGUUGCAUGGCAACAUUCUUUGCCUUUUCUUUCUUCUAGACAAAAAAACUACCCUGAAGCCUCUCCUAGCCCUAGUGUACAUUAGACAUGAUAAAAGUGAUUAUUAACUGAUGGAGCAUUUAUUGAGUAUGUUCAUAGGCCGUGCAUUUGGAUUGCCUUAGAUAAGAAUAAUGACUCAGCAACUUUGUACAUAGUCUCAAAAUCAGAAAUACAGCCUGUCUUAAUUAGGAUGGUAUGUUCAUGAUCAUUGGCCUACAGGUUCUUUCCGUGAUAACAAAUUGACAUAGACAUUCACUUCAUAUGUUUAAAAAACAUAUUAAACUUUUUUUUUUUUUAACCAAAUCUUAUUUGAAUGUUUGGGGGGGAAAAACCAUCCCCAAUCACAGAACACCACAGAGCAGUGACCUGGGGUGAACCGUAGCCUAUGGAGGUGGCUGGCUCAUGGUGGUUCUCUACCUAGCCUUAAGGUGGGUUCUCUACCCAACCAAGAUGGGUGGCCCGGGAGGGGCCCAUUGGCAUUCUUUGGAGAGAUUAGAGGUGGGGCCCAUCACGGAUCUGAACCCGUGUUGUGGCCUCAGGCGGGAACACACCUGAAGAGUAUCCUGGUGAACAAGUUUCUGUGAAACUGGGAUGGCUUUACCACGAUUAAGUGGAAGAGCAAGAGGAUUAAACAAGCCGUGUUAAACCAUCAGAGUGGGAACAAAUGAGAAGAUAGUUCCUGUGGGUCCCUGAAGAAAAUGAAGCUUGCAAGUGCUUUUGUUCUCUCUGGUUGUAUUUAUCCUCGUGAGAUCAUCUUGCUUGCAGUUUUGUACUUUCUGGGGAACGUACUGUAAGUGUAAGACUGUUUUAUUUAAAACAUAAUUUCUUUGCUUAGGUUUCCUCUUUCCGCAUUGUUAGUCAGUUCAGUCUGCUAUCUGGAAUGUGUGAUGUUUUUUACACCAGAAUUUAUCUUCAUAAACUCAGUAUCCGGGGUGCCUUGUGAGCAGAGUUGGGGGUUUUGUGUGCCACCGGGACUUUCUGGCCUCGAAGACUGCGGAAGAGCAGGUGGAUGGAGUGCAGUGACGAAGACGGGAGCGAGCGUGUGCUCAGUGUUUAUGUGCAUAAUACACAUACUAGAGAUGCCCGUCGGGUCCUUCCAGUCAACCUUGGAAAGUAGAUGCGAUUAUUCUCAUGUUGCAGGGAACGACCUGGAGUCCCAGAGAGGUUAAGUACCUUGUGCAAGGUGACAGCCAGAGUGC